UUUUGUAGCGAGGGGUUUCCGGUGAGCCGGGGGGCGCAGUGUUGUACGCGCAGAGGCGAGGCGACUGCAAGAGCAUCUUGAGGGGUUUCCAGUCCCGGGCUGUCCGCCGUGCGCUCUCUCCGGCCAGACUCGGCGCGGCUCAGUCUCACCGCAGUUCUUGGCGACGUUAUUGGGGUUGGGGGAGGACGAAAAUAAUAAAUAAAUAAAAUACACCGCUGCUGACCGCUGGGCUGAAAGGAAGGGGGAAAAAAAAGGAGAACGGAGGAAGGGGGGACAGAAAAAUAAGUGAGAAGACUGCGUCAAAAAAAAGUAAUUUCUGUGGACUGUUGGAAGAGCUUUUGAAACGCGGUCCGCUAUGUCGCUGUCGGUACCCCAAAACGGAGUGAAGGGGGAUAACGAGCCGGUUAUCGAGCUCUUUGUAAAGGCGGGGAGCGAUGGGGAGAGUAUUGGGAACUGCCCCUUCUCUCAGAGGCUCUUCAUGAUUCUGUGGCUGAAAGGAGUGGUGUUCAACGUCACGACCGUCGACCUGAAGAGGAAACCAGCAGACCUGCAGAACCUGGCCCCUGGCACCCACCCGCCCUUCAUCACCUUCAACGGAGAGGUGAAGACCGACGUCAACAAGAUCGAGGAGUUCCUGGAGGACGUGCUGAGCCCCCCCAGGUACAUGAAGCUGGCCGCUCGACACCCAGAAUCCAACACUGCUGGAAUGGACAUCUUCGCCAAGUUCUCCGCUUACAUCAAGAACUCCAGACCAGAUGCCAAUGAAGGCCUGGAGAGGGGCCUGCUGAAGACCCUGCAGAAGCUGGACGAGUACCUGACCUCGCCCUUGCCCGACGAGAUCGACCACAACAGCAUGGAGGACGUGAAGGCGUCGAGCCGCAGGUUCCUGGACGGGGACGAGAUGACGCUGGCGGACUGCAACCUGCUUCCCAAGCUGCACAUCGUCAAGGUGGUGACGAAGAAAUACCGCGGUUUUGAAAUCCCCAAGGACAUGACGGGCAUUUGGAAGUACCUGAGCAACGCCUACACCCGCGAGGAGUUCACCAACACCUGCCCGAGCGACAAGGAGAUCGAGAUCGCCUACGCGGACGUGGCCAAGAGGCUCACCAAGUAAUCAGGCCUGGAGCCCUCCUCUAACCUCAGCACUGGGACUGCUCAUGGAGAGAACGCGUCGCAUUUAUUCAACAGUGUGCGUCUACUCAUUUAGAAGCCGUGUCCAAAAAAAAAAAAUGAACAAAAAGCUGCAUGAUUUUUUUUUUUUCCAUUUGCUGUUAAGUCAAAGUCGGAAGGUAACUCAGUUUGCAAGGGGAAUGGUGAAGCAAUAUAAGAGCUGCCAGACGCUGAACCGUUUUCUUAUUUCUGCAAGAUGGUCCCCUGGCUUGAAAACGGGGAUCAUCUGCCUUCUCACAGCUUCAGCGACUUUAAAAAAACAAAACAAAAACAAAACGCAGGGAUCAGGAGGAGGUUGAUUUUGGGGAGCUUUCUUUUAGGGAUUUUCAAAUGUUGCUUUGUGUUUUUUCUCGAUUUCUGUAAAUGGCACGUAAGAUGAAGAAGUGUAAGUGAAAUCUGCUCUAUCACAUUGGGGUUACAGGGACUGAAGGGGUGUUUGCCCCUGAUAUUAAUGCUUUUGGGGAGAUUUUAGUUGGAUUACCAGUCACAGAAUAAGAAUUAUCACAGUUAUUAUACUGGGGAAAAUGUAGUAAAGUAGGUACAAGUUAUUACAAGGAUAGAGGGUCAUGAAGAUGUUUGACAUAAUUUGCAUGGCUGCCAAUAGGAAUAGUGGAAAGAUGUAAGACACUGAUCUAAGUAUCAAAGCGCAGAUGAGUUUAUAGCUCUUUCGUCUUGAACAGCAAGUGUUUUGUUUGACUGGCAUGAUGGGCUUGAGGGAAUGUUUCUCAGGUCUCCACCGUUUUAAAUUCUUAGUCCUUUAUCUGGGUAUUUUAAAACAAAUUGGGCAAACUGUUUCUAAACAAAAUCCAAUUAAUGAAAAACUUGGGUACACGGUGAGUUUAGAUGAAAAAUAGUUCUUUGUUAAAAAAAACAAGUAAGCUUAAUUUUUCGUUGGCUUAGCAUGCAGGAUUCUGAUAAAUGCAAAUGCAGUUGCAAACUUUUGCAAGAAAAUGGCAUGAAGAAGGUCCAGAAAAGUCAGCCGGGUCUAAUAGAUAGUUGAUGUUCCAGUUUUGUGUGUUUAAAGAUUGCAGUGGUUUUACAGUUAAUCCUCUUCGGAAUUGUUUUCCAUUUCGAAAGUUUUUUUUUCUUUCUUUUUGGCAUUUAAUUAAAGAAUAUGAAGGAAACUGUUGAAUCCUGUUGUGCUGGCAGUAUUGUCUUGUAUUCCUUCACCAAAAAAAAAGGCUCAUUGCUGUGAGCAGUACAAUAUGAUUUUCAGUCGGGUAUAUAGGUUUUCUUAACCUUUUCACAUGCAAAAACUCUAACAUGUAUUUGAAAAGUUGACACUACAGAUAUUUAGGAUAUUGAAUAGUAGUGCAAUGAUUUUUGAGAUUUUUUGUGUACCAAUUGAUUUUACUACAUCUAACAUUGGGAGUGUCUUGAGAGCAGUGAAUGUAUACCCAACACCCGGAGAAUAUUUUUCUAGGACUUUUUUUUUAACCUUUUUAAGAUGUGCGUUGUUUUGAUCUGAUUUUUAAAAGGAAUUUGUAAAUAUCUUGAGUGUUCUCAUUUUGAAAUGUAAUUUUUGUCCAUGUAGUUAAUUUGGAGGAAAAUUCUCUCUUCCUGUUUAUUUUAUUGAUAGUAGCACAUGUUCAAUCUAAACAAUUUGAAGUCCAUGUGGACAAUUCUAUAGCUCAAGAUCCAGAAUUAAGUUCUAUUAAUCAUUGCAUUACUAUAUGUGUGUCAAUAACAAACCUGCUGGAGGUGGUGGUAUUUAAAAAAAAAAGUGAAGUACAAACCAGCAGGGUGCUGAAAUCGGCACAGCCUUUGGACAUCAGUUAAAACAAUUUUACAUGUUAAAAACUGGUGCUGCUCAUUCAUUCUAACCUGGUUACAAAAUCAAGUUUGCAACUACAAAAUGUAGUUUUUUAAAUGCUUUUUUCAUAAUACAAUAUUUAUUGUAAUUAUACCCUGCUAUUGCUUUAAACUGCUGUCACAGCUUAAGAAGCAAUACACCGAUACGAGACUUUCACUAACAUCCAUAGAAUUGUUUGCAUUAAAAAUCAUUUAAAGUGUCAUUAUUACAGAUAUAGUACUGUUGAUUCCUGCAUCUACCAUUUUAUUUCAGAAAGUAUUUAUGUAAUCAUUUAAAGGAACAUUUUACCUCCAUCAAAAUUAAAUGCAGUAUGACAUUAAGAAUUGAUGACAGGUAAUGCUAAUUGCUAAUGCUGUAUUGUCUUCAUAUAAGACGUUUUGCCGUAAUGUGAAAUAAGCAAUUAAAGACUUCAGAUUUCUUCAGCCCUCUAUGGAAUAAAGCAGUUUUUUUAUUUUUUGCUAUUUUUGCUUACUAACCUAACUAUUUUUUUUACAUAUUUAUAUAUACACUUUUUUCCUGGAUAUUGUUGGAGAAAAUGGCUCUGCCAGUUGCAAGUUUUCUGCAUUUACUGGUGUUUAGAUCCUGUGUCGGUGUAUUAACGACAAAAAUCGCAGUAGUACAGUAUCUUACCUGCUGCACUGUAUAUCAAACAACAUGCAUAUAUACAAGUAAAUUGCUGGGAGCUUACAAUAAAACUUAUAUUUUGACUAGCA